AUCAUACAAAAAUUCAUGAAACACACAUGUGUUUCUAAAAUCCAAUUUCCAAUUUUAUCCAUAUGAUAGCUUGUAAAUCAUAAGUUGUAACCAAACUCAAUCGUCAUAAUAUUUUAUAGUAGCCAGAAUUCAAUCUAAUAUCGCGUUCAAAAUGAAAAUCAAGUCAAUUUUUGUUAUGAUUCUUCUCACAAUUUCAUCAAUUUGUCAAAUUCAAUCGUUGCCGUGCAAGUCCAAGAAUCGGGUUAGCAGGUAUGUCCAAAUUUCGUAUGAAGACGACCCCCUAUCGGGAUCUUGUGAGAGAGACUUCGAAGAGGAAGAGGGUUUCCUGCCUCUCUCUCUGGGAAACUACCCUGAUAUGGAUAUGUUCGUGCAUGCGUUAGAAGGAGAUGGAGCCAUCAGUAGACAGAGACGAGACAUCGGACCUGAGCCGAGAGCGAGGAGAGUGAAGCGGGAGAGAGAGCUCAAUUGGGAGAGUUACUGAUUUCGUCGAAAUUAAAAAAAAAUCCAAUGAAUCACAAUAUUAUCGAAUCAAGAGGAAAUUCUAGAGAAUAACAAGAAGAUUGGUCAAGAAGAAUUCGGACAGCUAGUGAUUUCGUUGAAAUUUAGGAGAAAAUUUGAGAGAAAUACAAUCAUCGAGUCAGAGAAAAUUCUGGAGAAUUACAAUUAUGAAAUCAGGAGAAAAUUCUAGAAAUUUGAAAGUAGAAUGCUCACAAGAAGAUGAAUGGAUCUGAAUGGUGAUUCUAUAGCUGAUAAGAAUAUAUCUUGUUGUUUGUAAUGAACAAGAUUGUGCUAACAAUUAUCGCCAUAGAUAUUGAAUCGAAGAACUCUUCACCCUCUGCACGUGAUUGGUUUUUUUAUCUCAACAUUAUUCCUCAUUACUUUGUUACAAGAGGAAAUUAAGUUGAGGAGGAUGGUAAGAUAUGAUGAGGAUAAAAAUCAUUCAUAAAUCAGUUCUCAUAUUUGGACUACAUUUAUUUUUGAAAGAUUCUGACCAAGUUCACUUUCAUCAUUCAAUCGAAUCGAAUCACUUGUAUUGCGGUUAUCCUUGAUUAAAUGGAAUGAUUGUAUGAUAAUUCGAUGAAGUAGUUAUUGAAAAUUGUUGAAGAAAUAAAUGAUCUUGUUCAUGUGAUAACAGAGGAAUAAAUUGUUGAUGGAGAAUUCAUGAUA